AAUAAACUCAUAGCUACAAGGUUUGAGAUAGAUAGAGAACAUAUCUGAAUCUACAUGUGCACAUACAUACAUACACAUAUACAUACACAAAAGUCAUUGAUUAUAAAUUGAUUCAUUGAUAUACACACACCCAAGAUUUUGUAUAUUUGAUCCAAAGUUUUGAUCUUUACAUUAAUCUGUUGGGAUAGUUUUUGGAAGCUGUACUUAUCUUGAUCUUUCGUUUUUUGGAAACUGGUGGAUUUUAAGGUUUCUCAUGGUCAACUGAGCUGAAUAUCAAAGUCUGACACUGACCCUGUUGUACCACUUCUAUGGCGGAUCGAAAUGGCAAUGCCAAACCUCCUGUUAAGAAAGAAUCUGGAGGAGGUGCUUAUGCAAUUAAUAUUGAUAACUUUAGUAAGCGGCUAAAGAUGUUGUACUCACACUGGACUGAAUCUCGUCAUGAAAUUUGGGGUGCGUGUGAGGUUCUUGCAAUCGCAACUCCUCCACCGUCAGAAGAUUUACGUUACUUAAAAUCAUCGGCCCUUAAUGUAUGGUUGGUUGGUUAUGAGUUCCCGGACACAGUUAUGGUAUUCAUGAAAAAGCAGAUUCAUUUCUUGUGUAGCCAGAAGAAGGUCUCAUUACUUGAAGUUCUGAAAAAACCAGCUAAAGAAACCGUGGGUGUUGAAGUUGUGAUGCAUGUGAAGACUAAAAGUGAUGAUGGAACCGCCCUUAUGGGAUCUAUUUUUCUUGCAAUACAUGGUCAGUCAAGAUCUGAGGGUCAUGAUACUCCCAUUGUAGGACACAUAGCACGGGAGGCUCCUGAAGGAAAUCUUUUGGAGACGUGGGAUGAGAAAUUGAAGGGUGAAGACUUUCAGCUUGUCGAUAUAACAAAUGGCUUUUCAGAGCUGUUUGCUGUGAAAGACAGUAAUGAGAUAACAAAUGUGAAAAAGGCUGCGUAUCUAACUUCAUCUGUGAUGAAACAUUAUGUGGUCCCGAAGCUGGAAAAGGUCAUUGAUGAGGAAAAGAAAAUCUCACAUUCUACGUUGAUGGAUGAUACAGAGAAGGUAAUACUGGAUCCUGCAAAGGCCAAGGUGAAGCUGAAGGCAGAAAAUGUUGAUAUCUGCUACCCUCCGAUUUUUCAGAGUGGAGGGGAGUUUGAUCUCAGACCUAGUGCAUCCAGCAAUGAUCAACACCUUUACUUUGAUUCAACUAGUGUGAUUAUAUGUGCCAUUGGCUCUCGUUACAAUAGCUAUUGCUCAAAUAUUGCUCGAACUUUUUUAAUUGAUGCUAACGCAGUGCAAAGCAAAGCAUAUGAGGUCUUGCUUAGGGCCCAUGAAGCAGCUAUUGGCACCUUGAAAUCAGGCAAUAAGGUGUCUGCUGCAUAUCAAGCAGCACUUUCUGUAGUUGAGAAAGAUGCACCAGAGCUGAUUGCACACUUGACAAAAUCAGCUGGAACUGGAAUUGGUCUGGAGUUCCGUGAGUCAGGGCUGAAUCUUAAUAACAAGAAUGAUAGGGUGUUGAAAGCAGGAAUGGUUUUUAAUGUGUCACUUGGUUUCCAGAAUUUGCAGACAGAUACAAUGAAUCCAAAGACCCAAAAAAUCUCACUUCUGCUUGCUGAUACGGUUAUUGUUGGCGUAAAUUCUCCUGAAGUUGUAACAUCUAUUAGCUCUAAAGCUGUUAAGGAUGUUGCAUACUCAUUCAAUGAAGAAGAAGAAGAAGAAAAGCAGCCAAAAGUUAAACCUGAAGCUAAUGGUACUGAUGCCAGCUCUUCAAAGGCAACACUCAGGUCAGUUAAUCAUGAGACGUCAAAAGAGGAGCUACGAAGGCAACAUCAAGCUGAGCUUGCACGGCAAAAGAAUGAAGAAACUGCUAGGAGGCUUGCUGGUGGGGGCUCUGGAUCAAUGGAUAACCGUGGUGCCAUGAAAGGCUCGGGGGAUUUAAAUGCAUAUAAGAAUAUUAACGAUCUACCUACCCCAAGAGAUCUAAUGAUUCAAGUAGACCAGAAGCAUGAAGCAAUCCUUUUGCCUGUUCAUGGAAGCAUGGUCCCGUUUCAUAUUGCCACUGUGAAGAGUGUUACUAGUCAGCAGGAUACUAAUCGUACUUGCUAUAUUCGUAUAAUAUUUAAUGUGCCUGGUACUCCCUUUAAUCCGUAUGAUUCAAACACAUUAAAGUAUCAGGGAUCUAUUUAUAUUAAGGAAGCAUCGUUCCGGUCCAGGGACCCAAGGCACAGUAGCGAAAUUGUGCAACAAAUCAAAACCCUCAGGAGGCAAGUUACAUCCCGUGAAUCAGAAAGAGCUGAGAGGGCAACUUUAGUUACUCAGGAAAAACUUCAAGUUGGUGGAGCAAAGUUUAAGCCAAUAAGGUUACUUGAUCUAUGGAUUCGUCCGGUUUUUGGUGGUCGCGGAAGAAAGCUAACAGGCACGUUAGAAGCACACACUAAUGGAUUCCGGUAUUCAACUUCACGAAACGAUGAGCGUGCAGACAUAAUGUAUGGUAACAUCAAGCAUGCUUUCUUUCAACCAGCGGAAAAGGAAAUGAUCACUCUCUUGCACUUCCAUCUGCACAAUCAUAUAAUGGUGGGAAAUAAGAAAACCAAAGAUGUUCAGUUUUAUGCUGAAGUAAUGGAUGUUGUCCAGACGAUUGGAGGUGGAAAAAGAUCUGCCUAUGAUCCUGACGAGAUUGAGGAAGAACAAAGGGAAAGAGCACGGAAAAACAAGAUAAAUAUGGAUUUUCAGAAUUUCGUGAAUCGAGUGAACGAUCUAUGGGGACAACCUCAAUUCAAGGGGCAUGAUUUGGAGUUUGAUCAGCCACUAAGAGAACUUGGUUUCCACGGGGUACCACACAAAUCUUCAGCUUUUAUUGUCCCAACUUCUAGCUGCUUAGUGGAGCUUAUAGAAACACCAUUUGUAGUAAUCACUUUAGUUGAGAUUGAAAUAGUAAAUCUCGAAAGAGUAGGUCUUGGGCAAAAGAAUUUUGACAUGGCAGUUGUUUUCAAGGAUUUUAAGAGAGAUGUGUUUCGGAUUGAUUCUAUCCCAUCAACAUCUUUGGAUGGCAUAAAGGAGUGGCUUGAUACAACUGACCUCAAGUAUUAUGAGAGCAGGCUGAAUCUUAACUGGAGACCUAUAUUGAAGACAAUAACGGAUGACCCGGAGAAGUUUAUAGAGGAUGGUGGGUGGGAAUUUUUGAACAUGGAAGCCAGUGAUUCAGAGUCUGAUAAUUCGCAGGAGUCUGACCAAGGAUAUGUGCCUUCUGAUGCACAAUCCGACUCUGCGUCAGAAGAAGAGGAGGAUGAUGAUAGUGCAUCCUUGGUGGACUCUGAGGAAGACGGGGAAGAAGAUUCAGAGGAAGUGUCUGAAGAGGAAGAAGGCAAAACAUGGGAAGAAUUGGAAAAAGAAGCAGUUAAUGCAGAUAAAGAAAACGGGGCUGAAUCAGACAGUGAAGAGGAGAGAGCUAGAAGGAAAAUAAAGGCAUUUGGGAAGUCUCGGGUACCAGAUAGGAGACACCCAAGUGGCAGCCUUCCUAAGAGACCAAGAAUGAGGUGACCUGGUGGAAUCUGCCAUUUUAUCCUAGUUUUCUUAUGUGUUUUCUUGGAAGGAGCUGGUUGACAAGCUGCUUCAGUGGAUAUCAGCUAGCAGUUUCACUCGAAGGUAUGUAGUAUAGGGCACGCAUGCUAUUUUUUAAUAUACUAUGUUCUUAUAGACUUUCAUGAUUAUCUUGUGACAUGAAGUUAAACUUACUUACAGUCUCUUUCCAUUUGUCACUUCAAUUGACAUGUAACAUGGAUGAUUGGAACUUUUACUUUCUUGAUGCAUAAUUGUGAGCAUUUGAAUGUAAGGUGAUAUCUGAAUUUGCAUCA